CGUCAUCGUCAUCAUUUGCCCGCCCAUCCCUCCGCUCAGUUGCUAAUUAUUGAUUGAAUAACAUGCGGACAGGAGUCAAUUAUUAAAUGGGCUAUUGCAGAGGAAGGGUGAAAUAAUGUUUCAAACCCUCACAGGCCACAGGUCGCCUCCUCCCGUCAUUUAUAAGAGGCAAAAUGUGGGAUUAGAUCGAUAAUGGAGAUAGGGUGGUUGUCUGGACCGCUGGGAGAAGCCAGGCGAGAAGCAACCUCCUUGCAGGUUGCAACUAAACCUGCCGGAUCGGCGCGAUCCACUGCGCUGGCCAAAUCGCCGGGCUCCAUGCCAAGGGGCGCUGGUUUCCCUGACGCCUCAGCCGACCCCGUUGCUAGGCCAACCACGCCAUUGUUGAUCUGAACCGUGGGCGAUAGAUCGGGAUAGCUUCAUCAUCUCCAUCCACCUUUCCCUGGUUCCCACCUCUAAAUACCUUAAAAGACUUCCUUGGUUCUUACCUUCCCAUCUUCCCCAACCUUUAUUGAAGCAGGAGUAUUCAGCCCGUUUCUACCAAUUCGCGUUGCAGGGAAGCUUUUUAUAAGGGCUUCGAUUGCAUCUUCAGUUUGCGACUUGUCCAGCGCAUUCUAAAUAGCUGUCGCAAGAAAUCUUCCUUUGCAUAGAUCUAGUGCAGAGGCUGCGUUAAUUCCUUAACUGCUGCGCUUGCUUUCCUUCUUUCUUCUGCGUCUUCUUUAACCUUUUUUUCUUCCUAGCGUGAGUGUUCUAAUUGAGGAGA